CCUGGAGAUCUCCCCGGACUGGACAGCCUCCUCUGGAUCAACCCAACUUGUCAUUAGGGGCACAGUCUCCCUCUGUCAUACACCCGAUAGAUCUGUACCAGCGACAACAGGACGAUCCACAGAGCUCUCGCAGCAUUUACCAGGGGGUCCUGUCAACUCUAUGAGCUGAUCAAAUGUUAGCCGUCGGGCAGAUGGAUACCCGCCAGAGUGCAUUCGUCCUGAGCAGUACGCCGCUGGCUGCGCUUCAUAACAUGACUGAGAUGAAGGCGUCUAUAUUUCCCUACUCCCUGCAGAAUCCGUCCAGCUUCAAAGCGCCGACCCUGGCGAGUUUGAACGCACAGAUCCCGCUGGGAACGCCGCACGGGAUCAACGACAUUCUAGGCCGCCCGGUCACUACCGCUGGCAAUCUACUCUCUGGACUCCCUCGACUCAACGGACUUGCCACGACGGCGGGAAUGUAUUUCAACCCGACAGCAGCCAGCGUCUCCAGGUACCCCAAGCCCCUUGCUGAAUUGCCGGGGAGACCUCCCAUCUUCUGGCCGGGAAUGAUGCAGGGAUCCCCAUGGAGAGAUCCCAGGGUGGCCUGCCCAACGCAGGGCAGUUUGGUCCUUGAUAAAGACGGAAAGAAGAAACAUUCCAGGCCAACAUUUUCAGGUCAACAGAUUUUUGCUCUGGAAAAAACGUUUGAACAGACCAAAUAUUUAGCUGGACCAGAAAGAGCCCGGUUAGCCUACUCGCUGGGAAUGACAGAGAGUCAAGUCAAGGUGUGGUUUCAGAACAGACGGACCAAGUGGAGGAAGAAACACGCGGCUGAAAUGGCCACAGCCAAGAAAAAGCACGAUUCAGAGACUGAAAAACUCAAGGAAACGUCGGAAAACGAAGAGGACGAAGACGAGUACAACAGACCCCUUGAUCCCAACUCAGACGACGAGAAAAUCACACGGUUAUUAAAAAAGCACAAAAGCGCCGGCUCGCUCACCAUCCUGGACCCACACAACAGCCCGGAGAUCUUGUGACAAACUUUUUUUUUAAAAAAGAGAAAUGAUUAUAUGAACAGCUUGAAAGGCUGAAUUAACCAGGGUAUAUAUAAAAAGAAGUUUAAAAUAAAUCGAUGUUCCAGCGAAUGGUGAUAUGUGUUGUACAGCUUAAUGUAUGUGAGAUGUAUAUAUUUUUUACAGAAUAAGUUAUGGAAAUAUCUUACAGCUCGAUUAUAUAAAUAACUUGGACUGAAUCUGGCGGAAGUUUGAAAGGAGAUUUGGAGAUCACAGUUCACCCUCAAAUGUCCAUAGAACCAGGGGUCUUUUUCUUAGAAUUUUCAAUGUUAAGGAAUAACAAUCAGAGCUCAUCCUUUUGUAUAAAUUACAGAUUAAAACUGUAGCUGUACAUACUAAGAUGCACGUUUGUGUUGUAAAAAAAUUAAAUGUAAACUUUUUUGUGCAUUUACAUUCAAAAGGCUAAUAUUUUGCUUUCGCCUGUGUUGGUGACUUCCUUCG